AUGCGAUUGCUCUCCUCACUGGCCCUCGCUGGUCUGCUGCUGCAAGCGUAUGCGCAAUCCGAUGUCGUCACGCUGAGCGGAACAACGGAGACGACCGAGACGCCAACGUCGACGGGUGCCGACUAUGCCACUAGCGGAACCACAUACGCCGAUGAAUCUAGCACCCUGACUAUCACGGCUACCACCGACUAUGCCACGGUGACGGACCUCUCGAGCAUUUUGGGAUCGUUAAAUGGCACCGCUACCUCGUCGGGGAUAGGAUCAAACAAUGCCACGACGUCGUCGACAUCGUCGUCCGCCACCGAAACCGUCCUGGUGGGCAGUUCGAAAACCACAACUAUCCUGAAUGGAACGGCCACGACAAACCAAACAGCCUCGAGCACGUCAUCUUCUGCGCAGCCCACAAACACUGUCCCCUGCAACGGCCACCCGUCGUUUUGCAACCGGAAGUUCAGCAACAUCACCCACAUCGCGGCGCAUAACAGCCCAUUUGUGCGUCCGGGAAAUCUCGCUUCGAAUCAAAUGCUUGACGUCGAGACCCAGCUCAAUGAUGGCAUUCGAAUGUUACAAUUCCAGGCCCAUCUUCAGGACGGCACAAUGUACCUAUGCCACACGUCCUGUGAGCUGCUCAAUGUCGGCACGCUGCAAGACUACCUCACCACCGUGACCAAGUGGCUCCGCAACCACCCGUACGACGUCAUCGCCAUCCUGAUGGGCAACUACGACGUGGUCGCGCCGGGCAACUUCACAGCGCCGGUGGUCAACUCCGGGCUGAUCGACUUCGUGUACACGCCGCCCACGCAGCCCAUGCCGCUCGACUCGUGGCCGACACUGGCUGAGAUGAUCUUCAAGAACGAGCGCGCGGUGGUCAUGCUGGACUACCAGGCGAACCAGAGCGCGAUUCCGUGGCUGUUGGACGAGUUCUCGCAGAUGUGGGAGACGCCCUUCUCGCCGACCGACCGUAACUUCCCGUGCACGCCCCAGCGCCCGCCGAACCAGGGCCAGAAUGUGCGCGAGAACCGCAUGUACAUGGCCAACCACAAUCUGAACCUGGACGUCGACAUCGCCGGCAUCAGCAUCGACGUACCUUUCUUCACACUGCUGAAUGAGACGAACGCUGUGAGUGGGUUUGGCUCGGCCGGCCGCACCGUCCAGAACUGCACCGCCAUGUGGAACCGGCCACCGAAUUUCUUGCUGGUCGAUUACUACAACAUCGGCAAUUUCAACGGCAGCGUGUUCCAGGUCGCUGCGGACGCGAACGGCGUGAGCUACGAUCGCUCCAGCUGCUGCGGGACGGCAGGGACGGAAAAUGCGGGCGUCGUGCUGGCUGUGGUGGAUGUGAGGCACUAUCUGUGGCUGGUGGCCGGCCUUGCUUCGCUUCUGACACUCUUGUAA